AAAAAAAAAAAAAAAAAACGAAAAUCCGUCUCCUUAUAUCGCCCCUACCCCCAUUUCUCUCUCUCUCUCUCUCGCUCGCUCGCGCACCAUCGCUGCCGUCUCUCUCUCUCUCUAGAGUCUCCGGCGAGCGAACUAGGGUUCCGGCGAGUGGGUAGGAGGGGGAUCGUCUCUCCGAUCGCGUCGAGGAUGGGAGGCGGCAACGGCCAGAAAGCCAAGAUGGCCCGCGAGAAGAACCUGGAGAAGAGUAAAGGCUCCAAAGGGAGCCAGCUGGAGUCUAACAAGAAAGCCAUGAAUAUCCAGUGUAAGAUCUGUAUGCAAACAUUCAUGUGCACCACAUCAGAGGUGAAGUGCAGGGAGCAUGCUGAAGCGAAGCACCCGAAGAGUGAUGUUACUGCUUGUUUUCCGCAUCUUAAAAAAUGACAAGUCACAUGCAAGUCUAAGCAGCUGGGGAGAUAUACCCUUUUAUGUAAAGUCUUUACUAUUGUGUUUAGGAAUCCUUCUGGGACCGAAGCUGCUUGUUAUAAGUUGUGGAUGUUCGUGUCAGUCAAAGUGGUCAGAUGGACGGGAGGGGAGGUCGAUCUCAUUUUCUCGUUUUCUCUACAUCUGAGUUUAAGUGUUAUCAUUUUGUUGACUCUUAUAUCAGCAUCUCACAUGAGUACUUGGUUCUUCGAGCUAUUCUGGGUGGGGUUCUUUCUACUUUCUGUAUACUUGUGUUGGCUAUUGAGUGUUGCGGUUCAUCAUUUUA